CCGACUCGGUCGAGUGAGGACAGGUGGAGGGAUGUGGGGAGCCGAUGCUGUGGCUGGAUUAGGACCGCGUGUGGGCGGGACACUUAGUCAUUCUCCCUUGAUCCAGACGAUGCCGCCGUGGAGACGGCCGAGGAGGCGAAGGAGCCCGCGGAAGCUGACAUCACGGAGCUCUGUCGGGACAUGUUCUCCAAAAUGGCAACUUACCUGACUGGGGAACUGACCGCCACCAGUGAAGACUAUAAGCUCCUGGAAAAUAUGAAUAAAUUAACCAGCCUGAAGUAUCUUGAAAUGAAAGAUAUUGCUAUAAACAUUAGUAGAAACUUAAAGGACUUAAACCAGAAGUAUGCUGAACUACAGCCUUAUCUGGAUCAAAUCAAUGUAAUUGAGGAGCAGGUAGCAGCUCUUGAACAGGCAGCCUACAAGUUGGAUGCAUAUUCAAAAAAACUGGAAGCCAAAUACAAGAAGCUGGAGAAGCGAUGAAAAACUUAUUCCUGUGGAACAAAGUCUUUUUUAAUGUGGAAGAAUGAGACCUGAAUCUUGAGGCUGAUGAAUUGUCAAAACUCCUCAAAAGGAAACCAUGCUGGCCAUCUCAGAAACAUCCCACUACUGGAGUAAACUGGAGAACUGUGGCUACUCCUGAAUUUCUCUUGGGCCAGUAUCCUUCAGAAACGCACACUUAAAACCCCUUACCUUUUACUUGAAUGCUUAAUUAUCCAUUUAGGACACAGAGUCUCUGAAAGUUCAGGAUAAACCUGGGCUUUUCAGUCGAAUCAAAUGAGGGGUUAUUUUCUCUACGUUAUUUUCUUAAGUGGCUGGAUUUUGAGUUACUGUGUAAAUGGUGGUUUUUUCUAUUGAAGCUAAUGUAUUGCUAACAAGAAUCUAAAAUAAAAAAGGAAAACAAAACAAA